GCCCAUUUCUCUGUUUCUUCCCCCCAGCUAGCCGCCUUUGCAGGGUUUUUUGGGAAAAGUUAACUGCCGGUUUCCCCAGAGCUGCGUGGGUGGGGGUGGAGUGUGUGUGUGUGUGUGUGUGUGUGUGUGUGUGUGUGUGUGGUGUUUAGGGUUGAGGUGAGAGUUUUUGGGAGGAGUCCUUUGGAUGAGGCUCUGUAUCAAAGUGGCAUCGUAAGGAACUAUACUGUAGCCCCUGAUUUGGGGGAGGUGGCCGGCACUAGGAGCUUGGACUAGGCCCAGGGUUUGGAGCUAAGGCCCCUGUCACGGGACAAGACCCUUCAUUUCACCCUGUUCCCCGUGAAUCCUUUAUGAGCCCUGCGCGUGUUGGAGGUGGAGAGGUUUUUCCCUUCAUGGGUGGCCACAGCCCCUGGGUGGACAGGAAGUUUUGGGUACCCCCUCUGGGGGCAAGUCUGGUUGAAUGUAGCUGAAGAGCCCCCUCCGGGUAUGGGUGGUCUUCUUGGCCUCCAGAGACGGCUUCUGGUGGUGAAUGUCCUUGGUGGUGGGUUCUUGGCCGGGUCCAGGCCUGCCGCUCCUGUGGCUCCCGGCACACACAGGAGUAAGCUCCUGUGAUGCGGGCCUCUCCUCUGCUUGUGUUCUUAACUCCUUUCUGCCAACCUGCCUGCCGCUUUGAAGUCUCCUGAUUGGACAGCAAUUGAGUUUCUGAAGUGUCUGACUGGACUUGCUGGCUCUGCAGGCACAAGAGUGGUCCGAGGCUAGGCCCAUAGAAUCUGAACCGUCUUUUCCCCUUCUGGGAGACUGACCUAGGAGGACCCGGUGCCUGCCGUAGCUGCUCAGGGCCUUUGUGCUGAUCUACCUCCUCCGCCCCCUGUUUCCUGGAGGGAAAACACUCCAGUCUCUCUUCAGAUCUAUGUCCUGGCUCUGUGUGAGUUCCCUCAGGACAGUCAGUGGGAACACCGUCUGGGAGAGGUGAGGUUCAGGGCAUGCUUAGGUCACCGGUUCUUAACAGCAAGGUUUUAGAUGGAGAAACCGAGGUCCAGAGGUCACAGGACACUACCCAGCAAGAAGAGAGCUGAGGCUGUUUUGGACUCUUGACAGGAGGGUGCCUUGUUUCAGACAGAACUAAAUGGGAAUAGGACAGUGAGAUCCCUUCAAUUUUUCACCCAGACCCCAUCAUCAUACUCUCUCAGGAAAGCGAACUUUACAGUUGGUACAGUGUCCUAUGUGGCUGUGACCAUGUCCGGCCCCCCCAAAACUGAGUUGAAGUCAGAUAUUCAGGUAGGGGACAGCUGAGCUCGUCUUAAAAUGUAAGAAACUGAGGCUUGGAGAGGUUGGGCAAUGGCAGAGGAGGGCUUUCACCCAGGCCUGCACACUCCUUGUGUGGGCCUUUCCUAAGUGGGUGGUGCUGUGGGCAGGACCUUUCCCAACUUCUAGCUUUUGGUCUGAAAUUCUUCUGCUGACCCCAGCGGCUGUGUAAAAAUCCAGAGGCUCACCCCCACCCCUAAGAAUGUCAGAGACAGAAAGGCCCUGAGAGGUCAUCUGGACUCAGAGGAAGCCACUGGCUGCAAGUCUGGCCCUAGCUAGAACUGGAGCCCUGGUCUUCUGUCUCCUCUCUUCUGUGAAAUGCUCAGAGAGACAGUCAGCCACUGGGCUAAGCAGAGUAGUGUUAGCUGGGGCUGGGGCUGGGGGAUAGUGCUGGUACUAGAUAGCUUGGUUCCAGGGGUUAAAGCAUUGUCUGUGUGCAAUCUUGGGAAAUGGAGGCCAUCUGGUCAUAGGUGAGAAGAAACUGUGUGUGCAUGAGCCGUGGCCUGGGUCUAAAGCUAGCAUAGCCCUGCCCUUCCCAGGGCCUCUGUCUCUGGGUGUCGUGCAGUAUUCUGAUCAUUUGAAUGUUCUUUCAUUUCUUGCUAGGCCAUUCAUUUAUUCUUCCACUGUCCACUCAUUAGUUUAUUGGUUAGUCAUUUCAGUAGUCUGCCUGUCUGCCCCAUCCAUCCAUCCAUCCAUGCAUCCAUCCAUCCAUUCAUCCAUCUAUCCAUCCAUCCAUCCAUCCAUCCAUCCACCUAGUUCAGCUUCCUCAGCCCAGGUUGGACAGAUACGAGAUGUAAGUGUGGCCCUGGCAUGUUGUAAAGCCGACAAGGGAGAAAAGCCAAGGCUUCAGGUGCAUUCCCAGGGUUUGUCUCCCCAAGAAUAAGAGUUUCAGAGUGGGCCUGGGUCCUCGGGGCUCUGAGCAUGCUCUUUAUGUCUGGGAGCUUCGGGAUGAGCCCCGGUAAAGCGGUGUCCUCCUGUUGGCCUCACUGAUCCCAGGGCGAAAUGAUAACAGUAUCUUGGAUGCCUCCCACCCCUGGCCAGGCAUGUGCUGGGAAUCUCUGGAUAUGUGCGUCGACCCAUAAGGAUUAUCACUUACUUUCCUAGGCCCUGCCUUGACUUUGUGAACCAUGGUGGGGGUUUCAGGACACCAGCGAUCUGGGGACCGUGGCAGUCCCAUUCUGCCUCUCUAUUCCCCUGCUGAAAGUGCCACUGUUUUCUAAAUAGUAGAAAAACAAGUAACCUAAUUGUGGGCCUACAGGGCUUCCAUACUCCCAGCCUUGCCCUCUUUGCAACCCCUGCUUUGCAGCUCUUCCCCUGCCCUGCCCCUGCCACCCCCUUUAUCUUACCCCCACUAGUCAUGCUGGCUUCUUUGUGUGCCUUCCCUGGCCUGGAACGUUUUCCCCUGAAUCCUUCCAUGGCUGGAGGCCCCAUCCACCAUGGAACAUCGGGGCCUUUGCUGACCGUUUGCUGUAAAUAGCUUCCCGCUGUCACAUGAGCCCCUUCGUAUUUUCCUUUGUGGCUCUGGGCAUCUGAGACCUUCUCGUUCGCUUGUUUGUUUGUACUUCUCACUGUCUGCCAGGAGACGUGUUUUAAGUUCUAGGCCAGCUUAAGCUCCACUCAAGCUUCCAGGGAGGUGUGGCCCGAGCCUUCAGCAGAGGUGAGGACCGGCUGGGGAGCCAGGUGUGGUGGCAGCCCCGGUGUCCCGGCAGUGCCUGGGAGAUGAGGUUACACUGAGGUCUGUCAUCUUCCCCUGGGAGUCUUGGGGUUGUUGUCAGGCAUUAAUGAGAUGAUUAAAUCCUGGACUUAGAACUGUACAAUCUGAGCAGCUUUCCCACCCAGAACCUAUGACACCGUGAACGUGACCUUACCGUGAACUGUUGCUGUUAUUUAGGGAGGGGCAGAGAGGGCUCACCUUGGGCCAGACCCUGUUCUCCGGGGCUUUGUGCAUAUGGAGAUAUACCGUGGUCAUUGUUAUUAUUCUCUUCUGCAGCUAAGGAAGUCAGGGAACUUAUCCCCAGAGGACAGGGGGUGCCUGGUGGCAGGUGGGUACCCUGCUGGGUCUGGAACUCAGCUUAGGCUCCCACACUUGUGGGGAAACCCAGCCUCACCCUACCCGCGGCCACAUCCUGACUGAAGAGCCUCUGCUCUCAUCUUGAACUCCACACCUCCCAGCGAGCUUUGUCAUCCGUAGUAAGACAGCUGUCACUACUAGGACACUGUUUCUUCCUUACGAACCUACAGUCCCCACACCUCCCAGUCAAUGACCCUGGGAAGCCAUUUGGAGUGCCAGCUUCCCUGAGCGUCGACCGGGUCAGCCUGGUGGCCUUGGUGCAUGGCAUUGAAUGUGUGAGUGAAUGAAUGGGCCCCUCCCGUCCCUGUAGCGCCGGGCUGACACUUGCCUGGGGUCUCUGGACAGGCUUGAUGUUCUCAGGGAUAGAAGACCUGCUUUCUGCUUCAGGAUGCUUGUGGAGCCAAACUGUGUCUAAGCUCGUUUGUGUCUCCUGAGGCUUUACCUGGUGGCCUCUCUGCUCCUCGGGUUUCAGCAGGCUGCCCAGCCUUUGCCUGGGGGCUUGAGGGCAGGAGGAAGCUGAGAGGUUGGCGUAGCUCCGACCGCUUAGAUACCAGCCUUUCCUCCAUCAUGGGGCAGUAUUUCCGGAGCAUAGGGUUAUUAUGCCCAACACAGAGGAAGGCAACUGCGUGCAAGUGUGUUGGGGCCGUGGUGGUAGGAGAGCUUUCUGGAACCCCAGACCACAAGUGGACUGGCCUGGGCAGGUGGCUGAGUAGCGUCCUCAGUAGAUCAGGUGUGUCGGACAGGCUGAGGGCCUUCACUCUGAGGCCUGAGGAGCCCUCCACCCCAUGUGGCCAGAAAGGAUAUUCAAGUCUGAACUUUGGGUAAAGACUUCAGGCGCCUCACAGCAGUGACUCUCAACCUGUGGGUCAUGACCCCUAGGGGUUGUUGAACGACUCUUUUAUGGGGGUCUCAUAUCAGAUAUCCUGCAUAUCAGAUGUUUGCAGUAGCAAAAUUACAGUCAUGAAGUAGCAACAAAAAUAGUUUUAUGGUUGGGGUCACCACAACGUGAGGGGCUGUCUCAAAGGAUCGCAGCAUUAGGGAGGUUGAGAGCCGCUGCCCCAGAGGAUAACCUCGUUAGGCAGGUGCUGGGGUUCUGACGGGGGACACCUGGCUGCAGCGAGUAGACUCCCCAUUACACUCAAACAUGCACACUCGUACAGUCACCCAUUCACCUUUCUUCAUGUAUGCCCUUGUGUGCCCAUACCUUGCCUGGAUCUGCCUGCAGAAGUGGAGCCACUGGGAAACGUGAGAAGGAAGUAGCCCCGAGGACCCGGGGAGGGUAUGAGCAACCAGGUAGGGUCGGGGAUAGUGUGGUCCAGUUUGUCGUAGAUCUUCCCUGGACCUCCCACCCCCACGGCCAUCCAAUUCUUCUGCUUGGCGUCCAUCCUUUUUGCUGGCCCGAGCCUUGCCUGACCUGACCAGAGACUGUCUGCAUAGGAGGGGGAUGGAACUACUUCAUGGGGGGGGGUGUUAUGAUCACAUGCCAGGGUUCCCAGUUGAUGGAUCCAUGUCAGCGGAGCAGCCCUGAUGUGGGGAGAAGUCAGGAGAGCCACAGGAAGCUCCUGCACCCCAGAUACCGGCAUGCUAACAUAAGGAAGCCCAGGGGGCCUUAAGAGCCCACCACUGGCAGGCUAGCAUGUGUAGCCACUGCAUAUCACUGAGUUGGGCACCACCAUGGACCCUCAUGUGGGUUAACCUGUACUGUCCUUGCAACAGCCCUGUGGUCUUACUGUCACAGACACCCCGCUCUCACCGUGUAAGUUUACAAGUGGCAACUUUGAGCUUUGGAGCUUGUUCUGAUCUCAAGGCCCAAGCCUGGGCUCUUUAACUGUAAAAAUCCACCCUUUCAGCCCUCCUGUCAAGACGUAGGCCCAUCCCUUCUCAGCUGUGAUUGGUUGAACCUGGUCACUUCCUAGAGAAGGACCCAGAGACCCAAAAAGGCUUUCCAGAUCUUUCUGCUCCCUCAGUCCUCACCAGCUCAUGACCUUAGUGAGUUAGUGGCUUAAUAACCACAGAGCAGCAUUCCCGACCACAAAUCGAAGAGCACCCUGAUAACCAGGAGGGCAGGGUCAGGGCAGAACUGUAGUGGAGGGUAAGGGUCCUUCAGGUGUCCUGCAAUAUAGUCUUUGAGACACCAGCAUUCUGCUCAGGCAUGUUCUGGGCAUCUUUCUGGGAGUGUGCCACAUUUCAAAAUGGUCACAGCGUCCUUCUUGUGAGGUCGGGAAGAGUUCGAGUGAGAAACGCCUGGAAAGUGUCUGAAGGGGCUCGGGUGGAGAAAGUAUUGGGGACCAUCACCCUUACCCACCUGGCAUCCUUGGGAGAGCUGGCAACAGAGAAAGGCUCCUGGUCUGAGUCAGUAGGAUAGUAGGGUCUCAGCUUGGACAAGGCUCAUUGUCCUGGCCACCUCUGGGUGUCUGGAGGUGGGCUUGGAUAAAGGGAUGGGGGAGUGGGAAAUCAGGGAGGGCCCUGGGCACAGACAUCAGCCGUCUGCCAGGGUCACCUCACUCUGCCAUCAUAGUGCCAACAGUCCUUCCCCAGGCCUGUGGGCAUGGAAAAUAUGCCCUCAUUGGAUCCAGGGUCCUCAGCCUUUGUCCUCACAGCGGUUUCUGAGGCUGGCCUGGCCUGGCUGGAGUUUUAGGGGUAGGGUCUGGGCAGCAGCGAGGGCUUUGUGCUUCGUGGAAUGGAGGAUGUGGAAGUCAGAGGGGCUUCGGGAGGUGGAUUUUGAGCAUGGGUGGGUGGGUCUCAGAGAGCCAGGUAGAAGGCAGUCAUCACCUGGCCACAUAAGGACUUGUCUGCUGGAAGCCUUGCCCUGGAUUGCUUAGGACCACCCUCCCCCUUUGCACAAAUGAACCCCUCUGGCCACCAGCUUGCGCCUUCCCUGCACUCUACCUACUCCAGACGAAUAUGCCGCCCGGGCUCUCCUGCUUCCUGGCCUGUGCAGUUCUGCUUUCCUGAGGGCGUUAACAGUGUUCCCUCUCUGUACUGGGAAUGCCCCUGCACCCUUCUGCUCUUCUGACAUGCAGAGACCAGCCUCAUUGAGUCCCUCCAGGCCUAAUGGAGCACUAAUGUGGACUGCGCCCUGCCCAGCUCCAGUUUGGUGGGUGCAUAGCUUUGCCAUGACCCUAAACUUGGGUAUCCUUCUUGGCUGCUGGGGCGACCAGUGUAUUUUGAGUACAAGAAAAGAAAGGUAGCAAGUACAGGGGCCUUAGGAGCGUGGAAAUGAGUAACCCAAUUCCUGCUAGGUAGGGGAAAGCUCAGGAAAAAAAAUGGCCUUGAACAUGAGACCUGUCAGUUGAGCCAUGAGGCUAGACUGAGGAUCGAGGAAUGGAAUCAUGAACCCUCAAGUGAGCUGUCCUCAUGGGGCACUGGGAGAGAUGACCAGGCCAUCUACCCACAGCAGUGUGACCUCAGCUGAGAUUUGGUGUCCGGGUUCUAGCUCUUGAACCCUCAGAUGGUGGCACAGGCAGCUUGUUUGGGGUGGGGGCUGCAGGCGCUGUAGGUGCAGUGGUUGGAUGGUAGGGAUGAAUGUGGCCAACAGGGCCUCGUAGAGGCCUUGGCUGAUCAGCUGUGGUGUUAGGACUUCCCCAAACAGUAGGGCCCAUGCAGGGCUUUCUGUGGGAGAAUGAGGGGCUAUCCCUUGGCCUGUCUUCCCUUCCUAACUGCCCUCCCACCUUUGGGCAUGGGGGGUGCUGGGGCUUGGAGCAGGCUCCUUAGCUUUUCUUUUGGAGGAAUUUGGAGAGUUUAGCUCUUUGGAUAGGAGGAAAGGAUGUCUUGCUUUCUGAACAUUCCUCAAACCAGCCAGAUAGCCGCACUGUAGAAAGGUCAUAAAAGAAGGAUAGGAGGUGACCAGCCCCCAGCCCUGUCUCUGCCCUGUUCCAAGCCCCAGACACCCCCACUGUUAGCAUUCGGGCCCUCUCCCGGCACCCAGCCUUGAGUGUGAUUUUUAUCUUUCAUUGUCCUCCUGACUACUGUCUCCUGAGUAUCUUCUAAUUGCCCCUGCAGUGUUAUUAAUUAGCCAGGCUUUUUAAUGAGUGUCGUAGCCUGGGCUCCAGAUCCCCCAAAGUCUGGAUCAGAGCCCCAGAUUCCCUGCUUGGUUUGGGGCAGCUCCCUAAGUUUCCUCUGUGCUCCUGGGUCACAGGCUCAGUGCAUGCUGACGGGUCACAACAGUGGUGCUGUGGACACUCAGAGAGAGUAGUUCCAGAGCCAUCUCUCUGUUGCUUGCAAGUUUGACUGUUCCAUAAAAACCCAUGGGCACACAGCACUGUACGUGGAACCUUGGGUCGUUUUCUAGGGACGGAUGAGCCAGACUGGGCUUGCUAGGCCAGGGGGUGUGAAUAGUUUUAGAGCUCUUGACACAUUAUGGGCCGGUUCUUUCCAGGAAUGCCCGAUCCAGUUCACACCCCCCACUGACAAGCUGACAGGCGCGUCAACCUCAUUUCGCCCUCACCAGUAUUGGGUGCUACCAUUUUCAUAGUUGUCUGUGGUCCUUUGGCAGGUAAAGCUCAUUGACUUCUCCUGGCUGGCAAGGUAGAGCCAUCGGCUGUGUUCACUAGCUGUGUUCGCAUCUUUCAGGGUCAGCACCCUCUCCUCAUGCCAGUCGGGAUGAGAUUGGGUAGGUCUGAGCAUCAGGACCGAGUGUAAUGCAGUGGGCAACCAGAGGAGGGAAGGGCACUUUCUUUUGUCCAGGCUGUAAUGUUUUCAGUUCCCUCCACCUAACAUGCAUGCACACUGCCAUCCAUCCAUUCGUCUGUCCAUCCAUCCAUCCAUCUUUUUUCACUCAUUCAAACACCAAAUGCUUCUAGUUAAAAGGUCUCUGGUCCUUUCUGGUGGGGCACCAUGUCUACAGAUGGCUAAGAAAACACAGGUCUGGGAAGCACCCUGAUGAAGGACAUGUGGGCACACAGGGUACAGAGCCCUCGUGGGGUUACAGACCCCGUAUGUAGGGAGAAGAACCUGUGUUUUGGGACCCAGGGGUUGAAAUUAAUCAGUGAGUGGCCCUGGCGUCCUUGAAGGGGAGGAAGCAAGAAGGGAAGUGGACACUGCUGGGAGAGGAACUGUCCACGUGGUUGGCCGAUGUACAGUGGGAUAAGCACUGCGGCAGGAAGUCGUGGAAGUUUCUAGGUAGGACAGGGUGCAGUGGCUGCAGUGGAGUUUAGGGGAGGAUGAGGAUGGAGUUGGAGAACCUGCGGAAGGGAGGGUUCUUGCAAUAGCUGAGGGGAGGGGCAGAGACUUACUUUGUGCCCUGCCCCAACCUAUGGGAUCCCGAUCAGGGUCAAAGUGCAGGAUAUGUGGCCUCUUGCAGGAAGCCCUCCUGACAGUCCUCCCAGCUUAGUCUUUGGAUGGGGCUGUGAAAGGCCUGAUGUGUGGUGGUUCGGGGAGUGCCCCCAGCAGCUGAGCUGACUUUCCCAUGAGCCUCUAGCCAAGCCCCCUUAGGCUCCCAAGCACUUUCUUUCAUUUUUUUAAAAAAAUAAUAAAUGUAUUGUCUUCAUUUUAAAAGAAACGGAAUGCCAUGACUGGGAAUUUAGAAAUCAGAGAAACAAAGACAAAUCCCCAUGCCGCUGAGGUUAGCACCUCCCCCUGGGAGCGGGCCCCUGUGGGCGUGGUUCCCUGCAGCCUCCGUACAAUCAGAGUCCCCGCUGUCUGGGUCUUGCUCCUCCCACUUCCCGAUCGCUACCCACCAGCCCCACCCCCACUCCCGUUUGCUUUGUUGGAAGCCUGUUUCCCCUGUGGAACUGGGCAGGUCUCAGUUUUAAUGUCUGUUGCUUUGGGGGCGGGGCCUAAAUUGUUGAAAUGACAACAAUCACUUCCUCCACCCAGGCAGCAGGGCCUCCAGCUCCCUACGACCCGCCAACGGCUGUGUGUCCUCUGUGUCCCCUGGUCUGAGUCUGUGCUUUCUCCCUGCGGCCGAGCCUGGCACCAGUGUGCCCUUCCCUCGGUUAUUUCUUGUGGGGUUGGUUAGACUGGCCUCAGAGGCUUUCUGGGAAAGGGUGACAGGGGGUGAGCCGCUUUGAAAUCUGUGCCGAGCUCCGUAGCCCUCAGCCAGGUUGCCUAGCCUCUCUGGACCUCAGUUUCUUCAUCUGUACCAUGGGUCUAUUGCUGUAGUGAGUAAAAUCCUGCCACAGCCCCCGGCCCAUUGUAGGUGGCCGCCUCGGGUCACAUCCUACCCGGCAAGAGCUGACAGAUUCUCCUAGCCACUGAGGAAGAACCACACCAGAGUGCAUGUGACCCUACAGGGCUGGGCCAGGGCUGGACGGCAUCCCCACCCCCUCCCUCACGUGCUGUGUGACCGGGCAAGUUGACUGACAUCUCUGAGAGUCACUGGGAAGAGUCAAUUAACUCGAAUCGGAAUAUGCUCAGCACACAGGUGUUUAUGUCAACGGUGGCUGUCGUUUUAUUGUUAUUGUUAUUGUUAUUCCCAUGUACAAGGUGCUGUUGGGAACACAGAGGAAGUCACUGACUGGGGGUUCAGGGAAGGCUCCGUAGAAGAGGGAACACUUGAGCUGGGUCUUGAAGGAUGAGUAGAAGUUCACCAAGUGGGAAAGGACCUUCUAGGAUGGCCGAACCUCGAUUUAACAACCCUUACUUCUGGCCCCCUCCUCCCACCAUGCCCAGCCAGCUGGACAACCUGGUCCUGAUUAACAAAAUCAAAGAGCAGCUGAUGGCCGAGAAGAUCCGGCCGCCUCACCUGCCACCCACCUCAGCCUCGUCCCAGCAGCCACUGCUAGUGCCCCCCGCGCCCGCCGAGAGCAGCCAGGCGGUCAUGUCGCUGCCCAAGCUGCAGCAGGUACCGGGGCUGCACCCGCAGUCUGUGCCUCAGCCCGACGUGGCGCUUCACGCGAGGCCGGCCACUAGCACCGUCACAGGUCUAGGGCUUUCCUCUCGGACCCCCGCUGUGAGUACAUCUGAGUCAACUCCAGGCACUGGCACGGGCACCAGUACCCCGUCCACACCCACCACCACCAGCCAGAGCCGCCUCAUCGCCUCGUCCCCCACCCUCAUCUCAGGGAUCACCAGCCCCCCCCUCCUGGACUCCAUCAAGACAAUCCAGGGCCACGGCCUGCUUGGCCCUCCCAAGUCCGAACGCGGCCGCAAAAAGAUCAAGGCAGAGAACCCAGGGGGUCCCCCUGUUCUUGUUGUCCCCUACCCCAUCCUGGCCUCCGGUGAGACCGCAAAGGAGGGCAAGACAUACAGGUGUAAGGUGUGCCCGCUCACCUUUUUCACUAAGUCCGAGAUGCAGAUCCACUCCAAGUCGCACACAGAGGCCAAGCCCCACAAGUGCCCGCACUGCUCCAAGUCCUUCGCCAACGCCUCCUACCUGGCCCAGCACCUGCGCAUCCACCUGGGCGUCAAGCCCUACCAUUGCUCCUACUGUGACAAGUCUUUCCGACAGCUCUCCCACCUCCAGCAACACACCAGAAUCCACACAGGCGACAGACCCUACAAGUGCCCACAUCCUGGCUGUGAAAAGGCUUUCACUCAGCUCUCUAACCUCCAGUCACACCAGCGCCAGCACAACAAGGACAAGCCCUACAAAUGUCCCAACUGCUACAGGGCCUACUCAGACUCCGCCUCCCUCCAGAUCCACCUCUCCGCCCACGCCAUCAAGCACGCCAAGGCCUACUGCUGCAGCAUGUGCGGGCGGGCCUACACCUCGGAGACCUACCUGAUGAAGCACAUGUCCAAACACACAGUGGUGGAGCACCUGGUGAGCCAUCACUCACCGCAGAGGACGGAGUCCCCAGGCAUCCCGGUGCGAAUCUCUCUGAUCUGAGCCCAGCUGCGGCCCCGCCCCGCCCACUUGGCAGACACGGAACUAGGCAGCGCUCAGCCUAACUCUCGCUGAGGCCUCCCAGGAACCACCAAGCUCUCUCAUGACCCUCCCAACCUGCCAGAAAGCUUGGUCCUCAGAAGCUCAACCUGGUCCGGCUCCUGGGCAGCCAGGCCAGCUGUAAGAUUCUGGACUGUUCUGGUGGCAUCCAAAGACAAGCUCAGAGCACUUUGAACCUGUCUGUUGGGUUUUUCUCUUCGUUCCCCCUCCCUCACUUGCUUCACUGUUUCUUGUUUUUUAAGUUUGUUUUGGAAAUAACAAAAAAAAAAAAAAAAAAAAAAGGAUAUUUAUUGGCCAGAAUGUUGGUGCUGCUAAGAACGAGAAAUUAAAAGGACCGGACAGACGGAUACAGAGAACCAGAGGGCAGCGUGGGAACUUCUCUGGCCAUAGCCUCAGGUUCUUGAAGGGAGGCUCAGGCCUGGGGUUCUGGACUUCAAAGGGGACCCUCCCCCCCGGUGGGAGGAGACAGCUGGAGUGAGUCCUUCAGCCCCGUCACCCAGUCAAACUGCCUGAGCCUGGUCCUGGCCUUCAUGAGCUGAGAGGGUGCAGCAGCUGCCAGCGCUGCCUGGCUUUAGGGCAUGGAAACGAGGGGUCUGGAGAGCCGCAGGACCAAAGGGCGCAGUGACGGCUGGGUGGCAGAGCCCAGGGGGAUGGGUUGGGGGUGUGCCAGUGAGACUCGGCCCCUCCCCUGCUGCCCUGAAGAACCACCCCAGUCUACCUCGGUGCUGGCCAGGAAACCUAUCGGCUACCUCUCCCACCACUCCAGACUGUGGGCAGGGGGAAAGGGAGGGAGCGGGCCUGGGCUUCCAGAAUUCCCUCCAGAAGGGGACAGUGCCCAGGGAGGGGUUGCUCUCUCACCACAGGCGAGGGCUCCCCAACCCAUACCCCAGGCCCUGCGGCAGGGAUAGGAUCCUCCAAAGGAGGUCCCAGGAGCAGACCCUGCCCCCAGCCUCCCCUCCCCCCCCAGACACAUCCCAAUCCGAAAGCCAUGCGUGUCCGUGUAUAUAGAAACUAUGUACAGAACCCAGAGAACCCUUCCGCAUCCUCCCCCCAGAGAAGAAGAAAACUAGACAAAACUCAUCUUAUAUAUUCUGUAUCUGGAGUCCAUUUGAAUAUUAACUGUGUUAUUUUUAUACACUUUUUAAGCCUUAACUCGCCAUUGAUUUACCAGUUUAACGUUUCCUGGGGUUUCUUUUCCACUGGGGGGGUACCACAGCUCCCCCCCAACCCCAACCCCUUUGUUUGACUUGCGUCGUCUGAUACUCAGUAUUGUAGCUUUUCGUCUGCAUGUUAACUACCCUGUAAAUAUGCUGUUCCAAUACUGUUAACAUCCUUUGCUUUUUUUUUCCCCCCUCUAUGGGACCUCCAGGCCACCGUAUUUAGAAAUAGUUACCUUAUUAAAAAAGAGAAAACGG